AUGCCUCCAAAGCAACAAUUAUCCAAAGCUGCCAAGGCCGCUGCCGCUAUGGCUGGUGGUAAGAAGUCCAAGAAGAAGUGGUCCAAGAACAACCAUAAGGACAAGGCUGCUCACGCUGUCAUCUUAGACCAAGAAAAGUUGGACAGAAUCAUGAAGGAAGUCCCAACUUACAGAUACGUCUCCGUUUCCGUUUUGGUUGACAGAUUAAAGAUUGGUGGUUCCAUGGCCAGAGUUGCUCUAAGAGAUUUGGAAAAGCAAGGUAUCAUUGUACCUGUCUCCAAGCACUCCAAGCAAGCCAUUUACACUAGAGCUGUCUCUUCUGAUUAA